UAAAUUCUUUCGGCAAGAAAUCGCUGCGUCACCGUAAUUAUUAGCCACGCCCACCGAAUGACUUCCGUGUUUUGGGAGUGCAAAUAAACAGAAAAUAACGUAGACACUUGGAUUCACUAUCUUGAAGCACAAUAAACAUGAGAAAAGUGGAGAAAACUGUACUGAGUGUCGAACAGACUGAGGGAGUUGGCGCUCGUGUUCGCAGAAGCAUUGGUAGAAAAGAGUUGGAGAACCUGGAUCCUUUUCUAAUGCUGGAUGAGUUUCGUGUCUGCAAGCCUGCAGGUUUUCCAGACCACCCUCACAGAGGUUUUGAAACGGUAACAUAUGUGUUGGAAGGGGCCAUAGCCCAUGAAGACUUCUGUGGCCAUUCAGGGCGACUGAAACCUGGCGAUCUGCAAUGGAUGACUGCAGGAAGGGGAGUGGUUCAUGCUGAGAUGCCCAUGUCUGAGGAACCCUUGGUGGGUUUGCAGCUGUGGGUGAACCUGUCCAGGCAGAAUAAGAUGGUGCAACCAGCCUAUCAGGAACUGCAGAGCUCAGAUAUCCCCAAAGUGACUCACGGUGGGGUCACUGUGACUGUGAUAUCUGGAGAAGCCUUGGGAGGAAAGUCCAAGGUCUACACAAGGACACCGACAAUGUAUUUGGAUUUUGUGCUGAAGAUUGGAGCCCAACAUGUACAGCCAGUUCCAUCAGGAUGGACUGCCUUCAUUUACACUCUCUCAGGAACCAUUCAUGUUGGCCCUGAUGAUUGGCAGCAGAAGGUGGAGCCCCAUCACACGGUGGUUUUUGGAGAUGGGGACAGUGUUGGAUUUGAAAACAAGGGUUCCGACAUUUGCCAUUUUGUCCUGAUAGCUGGAGAACCCAUCAAUGAGCCUGUGGUGAAGCAUGGUCCAUUUGUAAUGAACACGCAGGAAGAGAUCAACCAGGCUAUCAGUGAUUACAGAAAUGGUCAAAAUGGCUUUGAGCGAGCUUUAAACUGGCGAUCUCAGAUCCGAGAUUCUCUUUAACCAUUAUGUUGUACAAAAUAUAUUGUUUGCUGCUUGCAGCUA